AUGGAAGACCAUCUCACCCCACAGCAGCAGCAAGACAACGACGCCGUCGCUGCCGCUGCCGCUGCUGCUGCCGCCGCCCAGCUCGGCUUAGGAGACUUACAGCCUGCCCCCCACCAGCAGCAUCCUUACAACCUGCAGCAGCCCGAUUUCAGUCACUCCACUCACAAGGACGAUGGCACCCAGCAUCAGGAGGUCGACGUCCACGGACUCGAGAUCCCCGUGCAGGGCCAGGAGGAUGUCAUCCCCACUCAGGACACUGAUCUCGAUCUCAGCUUGAACCUCAGCGCACCUCAUCAUGUCGAGCCUCCCCCUAGAACAUCAUUUGGCAGGCCACCAUCGAUCCGUAAAGCCUGUGACUUGUGCCAUGCCGCCAAGCAAAAGUGUUCCGGAGAUCGUCCCUCAUGCACUCGCUGCGCUCAGGGAGGAUGGGCCUGUGUGUAUGCUCCGCGUCAACGUCGCCGAACAGUGCCGAAGGACCAGAAGCUCGCCAACGCUCUCGAUGCCCGUUCCCACCUCUCGUCGCUGGCUGGGACGCUCGGCAAGAAGCGCAAGCUGCAGCGCGAUGGGUUGGGUCUCGGUGGAGAGUCCAUGGACAUGCGGGUAGCCAUGGGCAUGGCCAUGGACCUUGGGUUGGCCGAUGAGGACGAGGACGAGCACCUCUUGACAAUGACGGACGAGCAGAUGUCUAUCGCUAUCGACGGAUACCUCGCGGAUCUGCCUCUGGCCACGUUCGUCCAGAACCUGCCCCAUAACGCGGCGCAGCAGCAGGCGACGGACUCGUUCGGCGGCGACUUCUCCAACGAGCACAUGCCCUUCUCCGACAUGGACCAGCAGACGUCUGCGCUCCGUGAUGCCAUCUUCUCGCUGCAUGAGAGCGCGGUCGCGCAGCAGCCGGCGCAGGACGGCACCCAGGCCACCGACGGCACGCAAGACGGAACGGAUUCGCAAGGAAUAGACAACAUUGACGAGUCGCACCUUGCCCUCCUCGACUUGUCGCACGCCAAUCUUGGCGUUGAGCAGGACCAGACCGGCACGGACACGACGGGCGAGCUCAAUCUGAACAAUCUGAGCGCGCAGUACCCGGCCGCUUGCCAGCACGUCACGAUGGUUCCCCGUGUCCUCGCGCUGUUAAACCAGCACCCUCUCGAGCCCAAGCCUGGGUCCAACACGCCUCUUUCCAUGUACAUCUUCCCUCCUUUGGCGCGUUCGCUGCGCCUGUUCCACUCGCUUGUGACGUGCCCGCACUGCUCGGGCUCGCCUCAGCAGACCCUCCCGCAACUCGCGCUUCUGUCGCGCACGACGACGAUUCUGACGUUCCCCGUUCCGCCGCCUCCGCCUAACGCGGCGGGCCGGCCCUCGGCCCUGAUUACCGUUCACGGCGCGCGCCUCUCGGGAACGGGCAUCUCGGAGGCGAUCGAGAGCCACAUUGUCGGUGUCGUGUGGGACAGUUGGCGCGCGAGUGUGCGUGAAAUCUUCAACGCGUUCGAGCGCAAAGCGCAGGACGUGAUUCAGCAAAACGCGGCGCUCACCGCCGCGCAAGACGGCCAGGCGCCCCAGAGCAGCGCAGAGACGCAGCGCGCGGGCCUCAUGUUCCAGGCCAUGAGCCGCCUCGUGUCUGCCAUGAACGAGGUUGAGCGCGAUUAG